CCAGCAGCACUCUGGGUAGUUUUGGUUUUCCCCUGUAGGAGUUGUCUGGUGCAGACUUGAGCAGCGCUUCUCAAGCCAUGGAGGGAGUGUGUGCCGCAGCGUUCACGGCUUUUUCCGUGGCUUAUUCCGGGUACUUUUUCACCCACCUGGCGCGUCACAUCACCCGUGCCUGGAGAGGAUCUGGUCUUUGGAGCCCAAAACCAACCUGGGAGUCUCCUGUGGCUGCGUGUCUUCCCGAAGAAGAGGCCAAAGGGGAGGAGGAUGCCCAGCCAACUGCACCUGCUGCCUCGGCAGGGCCUGAGCAUCCAGCAUCAAGCACAAGGGCAGGGUCAGCACCUGCUCCGGCUGCCUCUGGACCCGAGGAAGAGGCUGAAGAGGAGGAAGGUGCCGAUGAACCUGCCCCCGCUGUCAUCCCACGGCCCGAGGAAACAUCAUCAAGCUCCACCUCCUCUGUGCUGGCACCUGCACGGGCUGCAGCGGAAGGCUCUGAAGAAGGCUCCGGUCCCCAGGCUGGAAGCUCAAGCACGAGCAGCUCGUGCACCUGGAGCACGACUAGCUCCUCUGGCAGCAGAGAGCAGCUGCGAGAGAGGACAGAGGACAAGUGCCUGGCCAUGCUGAAGAUGCUGGUGAGCGAGGGAGAUCCUGAGGCGAAAUACACAGAACUGGAAACUAUUGGCAAAGGGUGAGUGCAGCCAGAGUUCCUUCUUCAGAGGGAGGGGCUGUGCAUUUUGCUGGUGUCACAUCUCCCCAGAGUGACCUCAGGCAAGCUCCAAAGCUGUCCAGACGCUGGGUUAGGCUGAUGCCUGAUGCUCUCUCAGUACUGGUCAGCAGUUAUAGCUGUGGUCCGAAGGCGUGGCAUGGACACCUGGAUGCUGGCAAUGUCUUUUCUGCGGCAAAGAGCAGCGCCUGGCAGAUCUCCUGACCCUCAAGUGUGUUGCACCCGUUUGCCGCUUUUUGUAGGAGAAAUCAUUUUUGCAUGUCUCACAAGAGUAGAGAAAGUGUGAAAAUGAAAGGAGGAGAAAGUUCAUUGCCUCAAAAGGUCAAGUGAGCAGCUGAGAGCUGUCAGGGAACAGCUCUCGGUAACAUUUCUUUCCCGCAUUUUGCUGACAACAAGGUUCAGUGGUUCAGGAUGACACCACCUAGUCUAGAAGCCAACAGCAGAAAUGAAAGAAGCAGCUGUCUUUUGUAGUUGAGGUGGCAAAAGACAAAGCUUCAGGGCAAUGCCCAGUGCCACUGCACUCUGGAGGAAAAGGCAUCAUGUGCCUGAUGGCAGACCCCUCGUGGAUCCUGUGGGGUUUAGGCCUUUCCUGCAAAGAAUCCACCAAGCUGUUCCCUUUGAAAGCCAGCUGUGCUGACUGAGAAUGGGACUGAUUUGCAACAUGUUCUCUGGGAGAAGCCAAAUGUACAAGAAGUCGCCAGAAAAGCAGAGUCCUUCCCGUGUCUGGUGCAUGGAAGAGAAGCAGCUGCCCGUGGCUCUGGACUCAGAAGGCAGCUGUCUAAGCAUCCUGUGUUUUGAGUACUUCUCCAUAUGUGUGUGCAGCAAUGGAAGCCUUUGCCUGCUCUGGCUGUGGCUGCAGCUGUGGCUGAACACUAUAUUCC